GAUCAAACUAAGGGUACGUUCUACAACUUUUAACUCCACCAUCCCCGUGACGCAAAUCUCAAGACCUAGGGGCUUCGGAUCUUAAAAAAAUAAUAUAAUAAUUAAGCCCGUUAAACGUGACCCCACCUGAUCCAUCACACACAAGCCCACUUUACUGGGCCCCCACACCGACCUUUGCUCCAUCGUUGUAUUUAUCCUUUCCAGGCCGACAUUUCCGGUCACUUCCCUUCCACGUGUCCGCAUUCUCAUUGGCUGGCCUCCGUACACCGUGUCUCUCUCUCUCGAACUUUUUGCUUUCUCACUCCAUGCCUCCCUCGCCGUUCACGUACGUUUUAUCACAGAAUUUAUUACCGGACGGAACGGUAGGAACGUAGCUGGAUGGGAAAUCAAUACGAAUGGGAAUUGAAUUGAAGGGGAAGAUGGAGUGAUUACAUGAAUCAAUAAUUUUAUAUUAUUUUUAAAGGUAAACGUUAGUUUGAUAUAUUUAAUUAGAUGCUAAUUUUAGGUUGUCGAAUUCCAGACUUUGAGGUUCAGAAUCAGUGGUAUUUUUUUCACGGGAUCAACCUUUAAACCGAUAUCAAUUUAUUUCGGAAAAUAAAUUUUAUCCAUACUCAUUCUUUAUCCCCUUCCUUAGACCAAACUUCUCAGGGAAAGGAUAUGGAAGAAGCCCUGUGCUUAAGCUCGACUCCAUCAGUAGUGGAUUAGGUAAAGAAGGUAGUUGUGAACGAUUCCGUUCUUCUUGAAAAAAAACUGUUGCUAUCAAUGAGUCAAUGCCCAUACCUGGCUCGCCAGGGUUCUGAUUUGCAACAAAGUGCCAACCUCUUAGCUCCUAAAAUCCAAAAAUGUAUGCACAGUUAGUUCUCCUGCGCUAAAAGGCUUUUCUAAUAUUUAAGUACAUGAUCAAUGAAACGAUCCCCCAAGUACUUUGUAUUGUUAACGAAAAGAUAUAAAGAGGACAAAUAUUUCAAUAUUUCAUCGCAUCUGUUGAUUAAAUAAAAGAAGUUUAGAAUAACUAUUGUACAUAGCCCUAGCAAUUUUCUGUUGAAAACAUGAUUAAAUCCGGAUUAGCAAAAUCCAACUUCUCGUAACUUCAAUUUAAACAAUCCAUCAUACAUACUUACUUGGCUUCCUAAUCAAAGAGGGCUAAUAAGUUGUACUAUAUUUUUUAUUGCUACUAAUCUCAGAGUUCAGAUUUUUUUUUUUAAAUUAAAGGACGAGGAAACUUGCCGACUCCCCAGACACUUGUCAGAAUCUGGACGGCUACCACACCGUCCAAAAGCUAUUCAAUUCACACAAAUCAACGGCUUCACGUCCGUUACAACAGUUACCAUUGGAUCCUCCUCCUCCGUCCUCUCCCUUUUCCCUUUCCUUCCUCCGACGCGUCAAACCCGCGUUCCCAAAACUAGUAUAAAACCCUCCUUCACUACGCUUCCACAUUUCAUCAAUUCCAUUCAAUCAUCACCCCAAAACCCACAAAAGCACACUACUUUACUCUCUCACAAAAGCUCUACUUAUUACUCUCGAAACAAAAAAUGGCGGAAGAGUUCAACAAGAGCAGCACCGUGCACGACAACGUGGAAGCCACGGACCGCGGUUUGUUCGAUUUCGCGAAGAAGAAGGACGACGAGAAGGAAGCCGGAGUGAUGUCGGCCGAGUUCGAGGAGAAGGUCCACGUUUCCGAGCCUGUUAAAGAGGAAGAGAAGAAGGAAGAAGGCGGUAGCUUGCUCUCCAAGCUUCACCGAUCCGGCAGCAGCAGUUCCUCCAGCUCCUCGAGCGAGGAGGAGGUAGAGGAAGAGGGGAAGAAGAUCAGGAGGAAGAAGGACAAGAAGAAGAAGAAGGGAGAGGACACGUCGGUGCCCGUGGAGAAGUGCGACGACGUCGCUCCGGAGGAGAAGAAGGGGUUCAUGGACAAGAUCAAGGACAAGCUACCCGGCAAGAAGAGUACUACAGCUGAGGAAACCCCUGUCGUUGCCGUGGCGCCUGCACAUCCGCCGGCGGUGGCUGCGACGGAGCCGGAGGAGAAGAAGGGGUUCCUGGAGAAGAUCAAGGAGAAGCUGCCUGGGUAUCACGCCAAGGGAAGCGAGGCCGAGGAGAACAAGGAGAAGGAGAAAGAAAGCCACUAGAAAAAUAUGUAAAAAAAAAAAGAGAAGAAUUUAUGGGUUUUAAAUUUACAAGAAGUUGUUUUUUUGCUGUAAUUUGUGUCCAUGAUGCAUAGUUGUGUGCAACUGUGUAAUCGUGUGUGCCUUUUCGGGUUUUUUUUUUCCAUUUCGAUUUGGACAUGUUUGUUUGUUGCUAUUUUCUCCUUGUUUUAUAAAAUAUGAGCACUGGUGCUUGAUUGUGCUUGUAUGUAUGUAAGUUUGGUUGGUUGGUUGAUAUUAUCACAAGGUUUCUCCCUUUUUGUAAUGCGUUUCGCAUCUCUAAUCACUCUAUGCCAUUUCUAUUAUUCGCUAAACCAAGUGAAAUGUAAUUCGGGUCAUUAUAGUGUAACUGUUGCAGCUGAGGGAAACUAGUUUUGUAUGAGCUAGAUUCCGAGAGUAUUUGGUUGCGCAUUUUCUUCUAAUCUGCAAAAAAAAAGUUUCCCGUUACGAAAAAGAGUGGACUGCAGUAGAAGUCGGAAGAGAUCGAACGAGUUCUCAAGUUCAAAUCCCUUCAGUAGCACCUAUUUUAUAUAAAAAAAAUUAAUUUAAUUAGCAGAGGUAGCCUGGAGGUCUCUGGAAAUGGAAAGAAUUGAGGGGAAGGUGGCGGUCAACGUUUCUGGAGAAGUAGAGAGGAAUACAAAUGGCGAGAGGUGAUUGGACGAUUAGGAUUCUUCUGGAUCUGGGAUUAUUCGGUUUUUUGUUGUUGUUGUUGUUUUGAUUAAGGGCAAAGGUGUAAUUGUAGGGUCGUGGUCGGAAGUUAAUGGACACACAAGUGGCCGUGUCUUGUGUCCAUUUUUGGCUAAAGUUACAUUGAACUGGCCCAGAGCAUUAUUUCUGGGUCUGUAUAUGUUUAGGUGUGUUGAUUAAAUGACAACAAUAAACGAAAACCAGAUGAAAUCAACACGGUUCAACUUAGUUUUUUUUAUUUUUUUAUUUUUAUGAAUUACUUAGUUUUAUUUAUCGUUCUAUAUCCUUAAAUAGAUACACUUAAUUUUGUAAGCCUUGGGGCUUCUACAUGCAAUAUGAUCUGGAAUGUAUUUUUAUAAGAGAGAUUUGGAAGAUUUAGAAGUAUCUUUAUAAGGAUAAAAACUUAGACUAGACUCUUGAGCUUUCAGCUUUAUGACUACACUAAUGAAUUUUUUCAUGGUGACAACAACUUCAAUUCUCUUUUUCUUUUUUCCUUUCUUCACUCGAGAGCCUGAAUCCACUAUAAAUCAGUGUUUAAGACGUAUCGUAUAUCGACGGCCGGAUCGAAAAAAAAUCUCUAUCGAAAUAGGUAGCUUUAACAAUAUGCAACGUUUAAAUCCCAAUUGAACCCUAUUUCAGCACAAAAUACCUUAACAAUAUAAAACGUUUAAACCCCGAUUAAACCUUAUUUCAGCACAAAAUAUCAUAUCGCUGAUUUUUUCGAUACAACUUCCGAUACUGUUUCACGAUAUUUGCUCUAAACCAAAUCAAACCAACUCAUGAAUCUCUAUAUACAUACGAUAUGCAUACCAUUAAGUUUACCCAUCGAACUCAGGAUAUGUCAAAAUCUAAAUGGGUCCUACUAUCAUUAACUCCUUUGAAUUGUGUAUAAUUAGGGUACAAUCAUGCAAUUGCUUUCCACGUCGACUCGUGUGUUUUUAUUUCCCUUUCUUUCGGUUGCUUUAUUAGGAGACAGCCAAACUUUGCGAAAAAUUGCUGACAAGAGAGUAUGGGGUGUGGGUUCGCCAUUAUUAUACAUAUACAGUCGUGACUUGAUUUGCUUUGCUUGCUAGGUUCUUCUGCAGACGACGGAGACGCUCCAAUAUCCCAGGCAGCAACGAAGAAGAAUAAUUAAGUAGAGACUGAGACAGCAAGGAAGGCACUAAUUAGAAGAAAGCUGAAAUUUUCUGAAUGAUUCGUUGGAGGAGGACUUGAGGGAGAAGCUGCUUCAAUCGUUGGCAAAACCUUAAAGUCUGUAGACUUAAUAAAAUGGAAAGUGGGGU